AUAAUAUUUUCUUAGAUUACGUGUCUCCUUGUAAAUGUCUUCGUCUAUGUAUUUCUUCGUUGUAUUAUUGUUAUUAUACUUAUCCCUUUUAUCCAAUGGAGGAAUGGAGUUCAUCUUGACCCGGACUAACAGUAGGACACAUCAGCUUUGGUUUGUCAAAUAAGACAUGGUUGGCAGGAUAACCAUCAGAUGGCUUGCACUUCCUUCAUUUCUCAGGACACCUUGGUUCCACUCACAACAAAUAAUGGACAUCCAAACUGGGACGGGUCCGCCCCGGACAGGCUUUCUUGGCACACAUUCAGGACAUCUGAAAUAUCUAAUUCUCAUUGUUAUAGCAUUUGUUUUUUUUAUUUCUCUAUACUUUACGAUGGCCAUUGGGAAGCAACAACCAAGGAAUUAUAAACGUUUCAAUUUAGCUGUGUCGUCUGAGCAUGAUGAGACUUCUCAGUAUAGCUAUGGACUGGUGGUGGACUGCGGAAGCAGUGGAUCAAGGAUAUACAUUUAUUAUUGGCCUCCUCACAAUGGAAAUCCAGAAGAGCUUUUACAAAUAAAACAGAUGAAGGAUUCUAAGGGGUACCCUGUGCGCAAGAAAAUCAAACCAGGAAUUUCCUCGUAUAAUGACAAGCCAUUUAAUGCAUCUGAGUACUUGGAGCCAUUACUAGACUUUGCUGCAUUCCAUGUUCCUAAACACAAGCACCAAGAGACACCAUUAUACAUAAUGGCUACUGCUGGCAUGCGGUUGCUAACUGAUAAACAGCAAGAGGCCAUUCUGGAUGACCUAAGAACUGAUAUUCCCAAGAACUAUGACUUCCAGUUCACUUCGUCUCAUGCAGAGGUUAUAACAGGAAAACAAGAAGGAGUAUAUUCAUGGAUUGGAGUAAACUUUGUUUUGGGCAGAUUUGACCACACAGAGCAUAUAGAUCCAAAGUCGACCACCAGUACAGUUUCACGAAAAGCGACUGUUGGGGCACUGGACAUGGGAGGUGCUUCAGCUCAGAUUGCAUAUGAAGUACCUAAGGGGACAUUUGUCCCAUCAGAUCUGUUGGCUGAGGUGAACCUGGGGUGUGACUCCCACCAGACCAUCCACAACUACAGGGUAUAUGUUUCUACAUUCUUGGGGUUCGGUGGCAAUGCAGCACGACAGAGAUACAUAGAGCAGGCUCUAACUAACAAAUCUCUAGAAUAUGAAAGUUCCUUGAAUGCUUACAAAGACCCCUGCCUUCCUGUUGAAUUUCAUGAAACAGUCUCCCACAAGGGCAAACAGCACAAGUUUUUCGGAACUGGCGAUUUCCAGCAGUGCAGUAUAACACUUCUUCCACUUGUUAAUGCAACAGGACCGUGCAAGAAGCCCCCUUGUUCGAUUAAUGGUGUAUACCAACCCCUUAUUGGCAAAUCGUAUGGUGAAUUCUAUGGUUUUUCUGAGUAUUGGUACUCCAUGCAUGAUGUGCUGAGGAUAGGAGGGCAUUACAGUGCAAACGCUAUGGCUACUGCUGCUAAGGAAUUCUGUAGCACACGUUGGUCUGUACUGUUGCGGCGUCACAAUAAAGGUUUAUACCCAUUGGCUGACAACCACAGACUCAGGUAUCAGUGCUUUAAAUCCGCGUGGAUGACGACCAUGCUACAUCGGGGGUUUAGGUUUCCACGUGACUACCAUGGUCUUCGCUCGGCCCAGUUCAUCCAGGACAAAGAAGUCCAGUGGACCUUGGGGGCUAUUCUCUUCCGCACUCGCUUCCUUCCACUCCGUGAGAUUCAACACAACCACCUUCACUCUCAGUACACGAGCGGCGUUAACUCCUAUUUCUAUUUCGCGAGCUACGUGAGCGAGCUCGAGUUUCGCGCCGUUUUCGUCUUCUGCAGCAUCGUUGUUCUUGCCGCAAUUAUCCUCUACUUCCGGCGACUACGGCGCAUGUCAAAAGCCACUUCUUUGUGGAGCCACGGUCCUAGCAAGCCAGCGGUCUACAGCAUGAAACUUAUCCCUAGCAGCGAGAACAUUCCAGUUUAGUCAGCGGUGUUACGUAUAAAGUUAGUGUAUGCUGGACGUUGUCGUGGCAACUGCAGGCAGUUUAAAAUCCCUUUGAGAUUCUGGGCAUGUUUACCAAAGAAUACCAAAAUAAGCUCUUAGAUUUGAGUUUUCCAAGAAGACAGUAAUGAAGACUCGAUUCUAAGAGACAUCGACAAAAAGUCAAUCUAAAUAAAAUGUGCGAUACACCAAAAGUUAGUAUUCGACGAACAUUUGUAUUUAUUUUAAUAAAUGUGCUAUAUAUAUUAAUAAAGUGUGCUAUAUUUGUG